GGCUGCUCCGGCUCGCUUGUGUCACACUCGCUCUGACAGCCAACUGUGCUGCACUGACAGACGGAGCGCGCUCCAUACGGUUCGCGGGUGGCCGCCGUGCUGGCGCCGUGUCUGGUUGCCUUGGUGAUAGUGGUGAUGCUGCUGCUGGCGCUGGCUGUAGCCAAACUGCGAGAGAGGCAGCAGACGGAGGGGAGCUUUGGUCCACGGCAACUGGAGGCUUCGGGUGGUCGCGGCCCACCUGCCCAGCUGGAAAACACAUCCUUCAGCACUUUGGCAGCACGACUGGAGCGACUGGUGUAGAGUGAAUGUGUGAGGACAGAACCAGUGUGUGUGAAGGACUGACCUCUGCAGGUUUGACCUCUGACCUCUUGCUGUCCGUCAGCCUGGCGUCCGUGGUCCUGCUGCUGGUCCUCAUCCUGACCUCCGUCGGCCUGGUGGUGGCGCUGAACCGCCGCGCCACCCACGGCACCUACAGCCCCAGUCGGCAGGAGAAGGAGGGGUCCCGGGUGGAGAUGUGGAGCAUCACGCAGCCUCCGCCCGUGGAGAGGCUCAUAUAGACGACUGGGGGGGUGGGGGUGGGGGGGUGAAAGCAUCUACAGCCUGCAUGUAAACACAGCACAGAACAUGUAUGUAUGUGGACAAAAGUAUGUGGACACGUUGAAUUCAGGUGUUUCUUUUCUAACAGGUCUGGGAUCCAGAACAAUAAUGACUAAUGACAGAGUAUAGUUUUAUAUUAUGGGAUAAAUAUC